UGGAGGGGGGGGCUGAAGACAAACAAGUUUGGCAGAACAGGGAACAGAUGUCAGGUCAUCUAUAAGGGUCUGGUGUAAAGGGUGCACACAUACACACACACCCUGGGCCACUCACCAUCCCCACUUCAGGUCUCAGUGGCAGAAAAAGAAAAGGUUCUGCCCUUCUCUUUAGACUCCUCUCCUUCCCCCCUCAUUUCCCUUCUAGACGCUGACAGAGGCAAAAAUCUGCUAACUCAGGGGGCAGACUCAACCAGGGCUGCGAGCAGGCCUGGGGAAUGAGCCCCUGAUCUCCAAAAGGUGUCUUCCACGGUUGCGCAGCCAACUCCAGCUAUCUCUGCCACCCAUGGCUCUUGGCCCGGGCUCUGUCCCUGCCUAGUGUCACCUGCCUUGUGGCACAUGGGUCCUCUGUCUCCUGUCAGGACCAUGAGGCUCUGGAGGCCUCGUAGCCUGGGGGUGGCUCUGGGAGUCUUCAUGACCAUUGGAUUUGGCCUCCAGCUCUUAGGGGGACCAUUCCAGAGGAGGUUACCGGGGCUGCAGCUCCGACAGUCCUGGAUCCCUUCACUGGGACCAACUGUUAAGUCUUGCCUCCCCCGACAGCGGCUUGUGUUCUUGAAGACACACAAAUCUGGGAGCAGUUCUGUGCUCAAUCUCCUUCAUCGCUAUGGGGACCAGCAGGGGCUACGCUUUGCCCUGCCUGCCCACUACCAGUUUGGCUACCCAAAGCUUUUCCAGGCCUCUAAGGUCAAAGGCUACCACCCCCAGAGUUCAGACACCAAGAAGCCUUUCCAUAUCCUCUGUCACCACAUGAGAUUCAACCUGAAAGAGGUACUUCAGGUCAUGCCUUCUGACAGCUUCUUCUUUUCCAUUGUCCGAGAUCCAGCGGCUCUAGCCCGCUCUGCCUUCUCCUACUACAAGUCAACCUCAUCAGCCUUCCGAAAGGCACCUUCUUUGGCUGCCUUCCUGUCCAAUCCUCGAGCCUUCUACAGACCCGGGGGCCGUGGCAACCACUAUGCCCGCAACUUACUAUGGUUCGACUUUGGGUUGCCCUUCCCCCCAGAGACGAGAGCGAGUCCUCAUCUACCCAGGGACCCCAGCCCCCUCCAGCUACAUAUUAUGCCUUCUGCUGCUGGCCCUGGAACUCUCUUCCAGCCUGUGACCACAGCUGCUAAUAGUCACCAGCAGCCAGCCGGCUUUGCCUCUUCAGAUUUCCGGCCCUCAUCUUUUAUCCAGUGGGGUCUGGCCUGGCUGGAUUCGGUCUUUGACUUGGUCAUGGUGGCCGAGUACUUUGACGAGUCAUUGGUUCUGCUGGCAGAUGCCCUGUGCUGGGGUCUAGAUGACGUGGUGGGCUUCAUGCACAAUGCCCAGGCUGGAGGUGAGCAGAGGCUCGGGGCUGCCAACAAGAGUGUGUUGACUGGUGAAGAUCAGCAGCUGACUGCACGGGCCCGAGCUUGGAAUAACCUAGACUGGGCUCUUUAUACUCACUUCAACCGUAGUCUGUGGGCACGGAUAGAACAAUAUGGCCGCAGCCGGCUGCAACGUGCUGUGGCUGAGCUCCGGGCUCGAAGAGAAGCUCUGGCGAAACGUUGCCUGAUGGGAGGUGAGGCUUUAGACCCCAAAUACAUCACCGAUGUAAAGCUCCGUCCUUUCCAGUUUGGUUCAGCUAAAGUUUUGGGGUACGUACUUCAGAGCGGACUGAGCCCGAAAGACCAAGAGGAAUGUGAACGCUUGGCUACUCCUGAGCUGCAGUACAAGGACAAACUUGAUGCCAAGCAGUUUCCCCCUACAGUCUCCCUGCCUCUCAAGACCUCAAGGCUACUGCCCCCAUAGGCAUGGGAUGACAGGUGAGACACGCGACGCACCUUCCCUUCCCUUGGAAGGAACAGGAAGUUUGCUCUAAGGUGAGACUUGAGCUGCCUGGUUUUUCAGUAGGAAUUCCAGCAACAGCUGCUUCCCACUCCCAGCUGCUCACUGGGUCUCUUCAAGUCUCCCAAGACAGGUUCAUGUAGCAGUUUCCCCCAAACCCCCCCGGAGGGGCAAAAGAAGAGUGAGCCAGAGAAAGUUGGGGCAUGAUGCAUCCAGUUCUCUAUGAAAAAUUUGUUAUGGAGCUGUGUUGAUUUCACUGUGAAGAUAUUUGUUGGAUGAAUAAAUGCUAUGAAACGUUUACUUAUUUUUUAAAAACAAGUAAUUUGCCUGCAUGGAUAAAUGUGUACCACACAACAUGCCUGGUGCCCACAGGUCUCCUGGAACUGGAGUUACCAAGGAUUGUGAGUCACCAUGUGGGGGAUGGGACCCAAACCCUGGUCUUCUGCAAGGUCAGCAAGUGCUCUCAACCUCAGAGCCGUCUCUCCAGGCCCCCGUUACUUGUUUUUAUGUAGGGCUCUCAAAGGGGGAGGGAUGGACAGCCCGUUGGGAAAACGACUGACUAGCCUCAGGCUGAGGCUCAUGAUGCCAAUAAUACAGACACACACCACCAAAAACAACCGCCGCCACCACCACAAAAAUCCAAGAAAAAGGCAGGGGUAGCUCAGUUGGUAGUGUUUGCCCAGCAUGAAUGAAGCCGUGUGGUCAAUCCUCAGCCCUGCAUAAUCAGACCUGAUGACACAUACCUGUAAUGCCAGCACUCCGGAGAAGGGAAGAGGCAAGAGAAUCAAAAGUCUGAGCUCAUCCUCAGCCAGGCAGAGAGAGAGAUUAAGGCCAGCUUGGGCUUCGAGAAGCCCUGUCAUAAAAGGAAAAAAGCGUGAGAGAGGGGGAACAGAAAGAGAAAAUUAGGGAAGACAGCAAGGGAGAAAGGGAAUAAAAAGAAAGAAGGGAGGAGGAAGAGGGCAAAUAAAAAUAAAUUCUACCCAAAGAAGCUUGUCUAGCCUCCCGCAA